AUGUCCUUCGAGCCGGUAAUGCCCCCCUACAAUGCCUCGGACCCAACCGCCCGCUUCCUGUCGUCGUCGUGCCUGGAUUUUCUCCUCAUCGAGCUCGUGCCCUUGGCGUACCGUGUCACGAACGAGGUCGAGGCCGGGUUGCACGUCGUCGCUGGUGGGGUGGGGAAAGGGCAGCAAAUACGUGAUGAGAGGGAUGCUGGUUCUGGGAGGGCGGGUUUGGGGAUCAUGGCUGCCGGAAGUAAUCUUAAUGGGAGCGCGGCGGUCGGGGGAACGGGGGUCGGGACAGGGACGGUCUUGGAUGAGGAGGAGGAGAGGGAGGCGGUGCGUUGGCGGCUGGAGGGAAUUGGGUAUCGUGUAGGGCAGGGGUUGGUGGAGAGAUUCUCCCGCGACAGACCACGCUUCAACGACACGCUCGACGUGAUCAAGUUCCUGUGUAAGGACCUAUGGACCUUGGUCUUCCGGAAACAGGUGGACAAUCUCAAGACGAACCAUAGGGGAGUCUACGUCUUGACAGACAACUCCUUCCGCCCCUUCUCCCGCAUGAGCGCCGAAAUAGGGAGCCAGGCCGUCCUCCAAGCGCAGCCGUUCCUCUGGUUCCCCUGUGGCAUCGUCCGCGGCGCGCUCGCGGCACUAGGGAUAACAGCGACGGUGCAAGCCGAGACGAGCGAGCUGCCCAGCGCCGUGUUCCAAAUCAAGACUGCUGGGGCCAAGACAUGAAAUGCUCUGCCUGUCUGUCCGUUGACCUAUACGGUGCUCUACAUGCAGCGAGAACGCGCGGACCUGAGUCCUUGGGUUUGCUCUAGAACUGGGAUUCUGUUGUCUCUCUAAAAUGGCAGAGUGAGAAAAGAGGCAGACGGAACAGCCCGCAUCUCGUCUCAAGAGGUGCUGUUACGGGACAUGGGCCGGGCCCUGGUUCGCUUGGUCGGAUCGAAGCAAUGGGGAGCGGGCGCCAAAGUUUGGCUUCUGGCGGGGCGGCCAUCAUUUUCCGUCUAGACGAGCAGACAUAACCUCACUUAAUGUACAUACCGUUAGACCGGCGUGUAAACUGGAGAUCAGAAUGAAAUCUGGUCCCAAGCUUGUAACUGGGAGCUUGAUGGGGGAUGUACAAUGCCGGGCGAUUUGGGCUUGUGUGGGAUAUCAUUCU